AUGCACUCGGACGACGCCGACCUAAAGCUGUUUGAAGGACGCGAUCCGUUCACGCCCACCCCGGCGGUCCUCCAUCGCGGCACGACCGAGUUUAUCGGGCACUUGGACGAAGUUGCAUUGUACUAUCGCUUGCACCACGACAAAGGAUAUGGCGUGUUUGCCGCCUCGCAGUCGUUGUACACGAUUGUAGACACCCCAACGAUCUCGGUGCGCAUCAAGUGGGUCGCAAGAGUGCACACUACGGACGGUUUGGUGGCGAAGAAGCGGCAUGACUUUUGUGUCCUCGAGGGACGGCACGUUGUGCAGCCGCGUGGCAAAUCGAGCCCUGGCAUUGUCGUUAUGUGCUGGACCUCCAUCGACAUGGCAUGUUGUCCGCCAGUUCCAGGCAUUGUCCGAGGCGUUAUGUAUCCGUCGGGGGUAGUUUGCAUCCAAGCGCCUCGUCCCGGAUACCUUCACAUGUCCGCGAUCGCCCACAUCGACGCAAACGGUCCUCACGCCAUGGCCAUACGCGCGUCCAGGGAACUCUGCCACGGGUUUGCACAAGUUGAACUGCGUUUGCGUCAAACUCGGCUCAGCACGUCAUCGUUCUUGCUUGAACGCGACCUGCGGCCGCUGGACAGUCGCCGCGCUUGCUUUCUCUGCCAACGGAGCUUCAGCGCCUUUCGAAAGAAGACGCACUGUCUCAAAUGCGGCGAGGUUAUGUGCACGGCAUGCAACCCCAAGUGGAGUGUGCUUGUCAACGGGCACCACGCCAAACGACGAGCGUGCACACUGUGUUCUCUCGCGUGCGGUGCACCUUCAAACGCAAGCACCACAGCAAAACCUCCGACGCUCCAAGGCCGCAGGUGGGACGAAGACCUUUCACAUCCCGUCGUCGUGCGCAUGUCGGACGCGUCGUCGUUCGGCACUGACGACAGCAUGUCGCGAUACAGCGACAGCGUGUGCAGCGAUGGAUACCGCACAUAG